AUGGAAAUGCCCCAGGGAGGGCUUGACCAACAGCUGCUUGGGGAGCUGCGUGCUGCCACCGCCUUCGCCCUCCGGGUGACUAAGGUGACAGCACAAUCUGUUGGUCAUGCGAUGUCUACCUUGGUAGUCCAGCAGCGCCACCUCUGGCUGACCUCGUCGGCCUUUUCAGCGACGCGGUGGAGAGCUUCGCCCAACAGUUCUCCGCCGCACAAAAGCAGGUUGAGGCUAUUAAAUACGUCAUGCCCCAGUGGUCCGCUGCCUCCACCCCGUCGGCAAAGCAACAGCCAACACCCGCCAAACAGCAGGGUGCCGCUCGCGGACACGGUGCCCAGCCCGCCUCAACCAAGCCAGGUGGUAUGCGGUCGAGGAACUCUUGAUUAUGAGAAUUUGUCACAAGAGGGUGCACCUGUGAGCGUGCGAGGCUCCGCCUUGCCGCUCGCAGCCCCCUCUCACAUCGCCAGCAGGUGCCAGUGUGAUGGUGCAGGCCGCGCCCUGUGUGCUGUCUCCCAUCCACACUGCUACCUCGCAGAGUCUGGCCACACUCUGGGCCGCUUCCAUGCCGUCCGAGUCGGGUCCCUGCACUCUGCUUCGCUGCCCCACCCCCGCAUCGAGGCAGAUUUUGGAACAAAGGAGUCUCCAAAUGUACUGUUGUACUACACUGGCUUUACACUCUCAGCUGAACUUUUAACUCUGACCACGGCCUGUAAGAUGGAUCUUUACAAGUUUCCCCUCGACACCCAAAACUGCAAUAUAACACUUCAGUCUACAUCAUAUUCAAAUCAGGAGAUUGAACUUUUAACAUUUACCAAACUUGAUGAUUUGACUACCUUUAAGUCAAAGCAGCUCUUUCAGUCUGAUGGAGAAUGGGAGCUCAUCAGUAUAGAUAGCAUUGAUUCUGUCGGUAAUGGAUCUAUAGAAUCGAUUAAAAUGGCUCAGCUGAUAUAUCAGAUCACCAUAAAAAGGAGACCUCUACUGUAUGUCAUAAACAUUAUAGUACCGGUAUUUUUCUUCCUUGUGCUGGAUGUGAUGUCCUUCUUCAUAGACACAAGUGGAGAAAACAAAGUGGGCUUUAAAGUGACUUUGCUCCUGUCUAUUUCUGUGAUGCUGCUGCUUGUUAAUAACAUCCUGCCCUCUACGUCUAAACAAAUUCCUCUGAUUGGGGUUUACUGCUGUGCAAUUUUCUGUCUAAUUACAAUCAGCAUGGUGGAGACCAUCUUUGUGAAUUUUAUAAUGGUUAAAGGAGCUGAGAAGGGAUCAGUCGAAACAACAGCUGCUGUUACUGGCCAAGAUGAUGGUGUAAGAGACCCGGAGUACCCUCCAGACUCAGUUAGAGAUCAGAAUGAAGAGCAAUCUAAUACCAUUAACCUCCAGAAUCAGAUCCUCGCAGAUGUUCAGGCUACAACUCAACGAAAACAACGACAGAAACUGUCCUGGACCACAGUGGCAAGAAUCAUAGAUGUGAUCUUCUUGGUUCUUUACAUAAUCACCAUUAUUGUGUUAAUGUGUGUGCUUUGUAAGCUUUGGUAUCCAUAAUGAAGUCUUAUAUACAUGAGAUAGUACACAAUAUUAACUUUUAUUCAGAGUUUAUAAACAGUUUAUAUAGUUUAUAUACAGUUUAACAUACAAGAAUACAUGGGCAAAACACAAAGAUGCAGACAGAAGAUGUACUCACUGGUAGACUCACAUGAAAUCCUGACAGAGGUUUAUAAAAAACUAUACUAAAAAGACAGAAAGUCAUGAUCAUUAUACUUAGGUGAAGAACCAAAGCAACCAGUUAUAUUUGGUGGAAAGAGUACUAAAAAAAUUAUAGAAGUAGAAGUACUGAACAAUGAUAUCACUCAAGUAAGAGUAAAUAAGUAGGUUGCUGAAAAACUACUUAAGUCACUAUGGUACAAAGUACUUUAGUAUUAUUUCUCUAUUUUAACCCAAAAUGAGGCGAUGUUAGCAAAAUGGAGUGCGAAACACAUAUUCAUACUGGAAGCCGGAAGGCGCCUUCACACAGAAAGUCCACAAGUGAUACUGGUAGAGGUAUUAAACAUAUGAUGUUCAAGGAAAUCCCUUAUAUGGAGAUCAGAUAUCACUACAGCUGAAUAACAUGCAGAUAGAGAUGUUUUGACUAAUGAAAAAUGAAGACAAACACACAAUUGCGCUAAUAUUUCUGUUUAUCAGUGUUCUUCAAGCCAUCUCAGGUAUUUUCAUAAGAAUGAUGUAUAUCUGUUAUGCAACGCUAAUCGACAGAUAAUAAGAUAAUAAUCAGCAAUGUUUCUUGAGCAACAAAUCAGCAUUUUAGAAUGAUUUUCUGAAGGAUCAUGUGACACUGAAGACUGAAGUAAUGAUGCUUUGCAUCACAG